AAGAAAACUGAAAUUUUGCCAUCAGUUUCUCAUGAAGAAAUAGAUGCCGCUGUUAGUAUUCAAGAUGCAUUAUUAGAGCAGCAAGAACAAGAUGUUGAUAUGCUAAUAGUAGAUUUGACCUCUCAAAAUCCAGAUCCAAAAAUCAAGCACCAAUUAAAUACAUAUUUAGAUCUCAACAAUUUGCCUAUUGUAACUGAGAAGAAACUUGAUUCUAAAAUUAUCGAAAUU